AUGGUUGCUUCUACUCGCAAGAACAAAGCCGCCGAUGCCUCUCCAUCCAAACAGUCCCAAAAGCCGCAAGCUGAGGUCGAGCAGGACUCAUCAGACAAUGAAUCCACCCAAGAGGAAGACCAGACGGUCCCCGUCCAAGUCAACAAUGCUUGCAUUACGGAAUUGAAGAAUGCGCUCGAUGAUACGAUGAAGUCUCACCUUACCACUAAGGUCGGCUUCACGCAAGACUACCUCUGUGAUGACGUCAAGUUAGGACUCGGAUGGACCUCUAACAUUAUCGCUGCUGGUAUCAGCUUGGCUGGCUGGCACUUCGGAUGGGAAAAAGCUCAGGGUUAUACUGGGUAUUGCGUAGGAGCGUACUUGAUCCUCUCUCUCGCUUUGACUGUCUUUUCCUCGACAGUUGAAAAGAAGAAAGUUUUCGUAGGUACCAAACCGAGCAAGUCUAAUGGGACUGCACCAGACAAAGUCACGAUCUCAUCAGAAGUCAAGCCGUUUGAUCCAGUCUACCAACUCCAACUAGAGUACGAGACUUGCAAAAAGACCGGUCCCAAGAAGUACCAGGUAUCCCUCAAACCACAUUUCAAGGAGUUUUUUGACGUCGAUGGCAUCUUGGACGAAUCUCGUUGGAGUCAAUAUCUCGACAACGCUCUCAAAACUGCCAUCUCGAAAACUUGA